AUGUUUCCAGACAGUUUGUUGCAUCCGCUGUCCAGAGUCUGCUUUGAAGACAAAAUCAAAUUCUCUGCAAGUCAGCAUCUCUCUUUUGCAAGAAGCAAAUGGUUCACUCUGCCCGAGACGGAGAGCCACAGCGACGUGUGGAGCAUCAAGCCCCCGGAUUUCUCUCUUAAACUGUACAGAUCUCUGUCAGAUCCUCAGAGGAAAGAAAGAAAGACGCAUUCAAAUCUAGAUGUGCCUCGCCUCAGUGAAACGAAGAAGACGACCGGAAUAUUUCUACCCAAUGUUGUACACGAGAGUCACCGGAGGGAAGAAUCUCCAAAGUUCAUCACAUCAUACAGGCCUCCCGGUGCUCUGGAAUCUGAGCUCAUGUUUGUCAAGAGUGGGAAGUACCUUUGUGGGCCUUACAAGAACCCCAAACCACAUGACUUCAGACCGCUCAAUGAGGACCUUCCAGACAUAGUUACUACAUAUGAGAGAGAUCCUGGUAACCUGAAUUUAAAAUUAAAACACUUGGACAAAAUCUGGACCCCCAGAUCCGGGUCAAACUCAAGUUCACGGGAUACCAAGACCGGGAUGGACACGUAUAGACCUGCAGAGCCCAGAUGGGAUGCAGAGCUCGUUCUCCCUCAGCUGCUCUGGCCUCCAAAAUCAGCCUCAUAUACGAGACAUGGACGAAGAAGAGGAGCGUACAGCGCAUUCUUGGACCGCGUGGAGGAGAAACUCUCUAGAUCGUGGAAAAGUAAAUCAUGA